UAGUUAUUAUAUAAUAAUGCUCAAAUAAUAAUUAAUUAUAACAAUUGUAAUAAUCAUUGAUCGAGCGAUCUCAAAACUCGAAGCUCAACUCGUAACUGGUCAUCCUAUAUAGGGUUUUCGUGUCUAGUUUAAUCUUAAAUUGUCAAACUUAGUCAAACACGUUCGAAUUUACAAGUUUUAACUAUUUAGUCAAAUAAAUUGAGUUAACCAAACAAUUUCUCUCUAUCUUUUCCACAAACACCUCGUAUAUCUAAUUUUCAAUGCAAAUUCGAUUCAACCAAGAGAUUUAGAUUUGACUUGACGAACAUUGAUAACUUGUUUCCAUAGUCAAAUGGUCAACCCCGAAUAAUGUUUACAUUAAUGAUAUUUAUAAAAAGAAGAAAUUGAUAAUAUUAAUUAUUAUAUAAUUAUAUAUAACACAAUUAGAAAAAUAAAAUUCCAUAAUUCCCCCUCCCCCUCUCUUCCUUCCUUCCCUUGCACCCCCUACUGUUCCAAAUUAACCAAACAGGUGCAAAUGUGUUGGAAACUGUGUUUACCCCUCACAUUUGCACUCUCUUCCCAUUUACCCUCUUCCCAAACAGAGGGGAACGGAUCAGAUCGUUAACCUUGUGGUGAGUAAUCAUGAGUAACCAGCCCACAUCAGCAUGACAUAAGCAUCCUCUCUCUCCUGGAAAGCCUUUAAUUUUACCCUCUUUAAUCUUUGGCGGAUGAUUUCUCACUCAUUUUAAGUCGAAAUUUAAUUUUUUUUGCACAGUUAGAUCAGAUUAAUUGUGCUCUUCAAAAUGAUAUCCACUUUAAUAUAUUUUUCGAACAAAAAAAAUCGAGCCAUUUUUUACCAGUCUAUACCAUAUGGUAUUGACUGGUAUUGAAAUAAAAGCAUACCUAUGGUUUGAAAAACGUACCAUGGUGGUAUGAACAAACCAAGACUGUAAGAUGGUUGAAUACAUGAUAGUAGUAGUAUAUUAAUUGUCAUUUACGACCUUUAACAUUGUAUACCACACAAUACCACCCCGUACCAGGGUGGUAUUGUAUGGUAUUGUGUGGUAUUUUUUGAUCCUGUAAUUUGUUCACCCAGAAAUUUGUAGAUCCAAUAGAUGAUGAUGAACUCGUCCUUUCUGUGCAAACGUUUUCAAAAACGAAGAAGAUACCAUACAAUACCACCCCGUACCAGGGUGGUAUUGUAUGGUAUUGUGUGGUAUUUUUUGGUCCUGUAAUUUGUUCACCCUGAAAUUUGUAGAUCCAAUAGAUCAUGAUGAACUCGUCCCUUCUGUGCAAACUUUUUCAAAAACGAAUUAAAAACGAAGAAGAUACUAUAUGGUAUGCAGUUGGUACAGAGAGGCCAGAAUUUUUUUUCUAAAAAAAAUAUUGAAAAUUUUUCUCAUUUGGUAGAGCACGAUGAACUCGUUUCAUCUGUGCAAAAAAAAUUAAAAUCCGAGUUAAAACGAAAAAGAUAUGAGCCGAUUAAGAAAACUAGGAAACAUAAAAAUGGUCCUUAAUUUUCCAUCCUUAGAUCUGGAUUUUCUAAAUGAAGGGUUCAGAUUUGAUUAUUGAUGGAUGCAUAACCCAUGGUUAUGCACCCAAUCUUGAGCCCAAUCAGAGUGUUCAAUCAUACGGCAUAGUCUCUUUAUUUUAUUAAUUUCACUGUCCAACGCAUUAUAAAUCUGAUAAUGAAAUUCAUCAUCAUCAAUACGCACUGGCGACUGCCCCCCAAAUCAAUCUUUUGUUCUAAAAUUAAAAUUACAGAACUAUGAAGUUCAGAUUCAAAAAGAUAAUCUUCCCCGUCAUUACAUCUCUGCUAAUCUUCUCCUCCUUCCCGCCUCCAGUUUCCUGCAGGUUCUUCCCAAACACAUCCUCAAUCCCACGCAAUUUCCCUGCUCUCAACCCCAAUUUCACCACCGCCUGGAACUCCUUCCGAAACCUCACCGGCUGCCGCGCCGGCGAGAAGCUGGACGGCUUGUCUAAGCUCAAGAAGUACUUCCGCCACUUCGGCUACAUCCCCGACGCCGACGGCAACCUCACCGAUCUAUUCGACAACUCGCUCGAAUCGGCGGUGGAGACUUACCAGCGGAACUUCAAUCUCAACGUCACCGGCCAGCUCGACGACCGGACGAUCCGCCAGAUCGUGCUUCCCAGAUGCGGCAACGCCGACAUAGUCAACGGCUCCACGACGAUGAAAUCCGGCGGGAGAACGCCGGCGAACACGACCGGCCGCAUCCACGCGGUGGAGCGGUACUCGUUCUUCCCAGGGAUGCCCCGGUGGCCGGUGAGUCGUCGGAACCUGACCUACUCUUUCUUCCCGAGAAAUCAGGUGUCGCGGGAGGUGAAGAGCGUGUUCGCCGCCGCGUUCCACCGCUGGUCGGAGGUUGCGCCGUUGACUUUCACGGAGACGGAGGAUUACAGCAACACCGACAUCCGGGUUGGGUUCUUUGGCGGCGACCACGGCGACGGGGAUGCGUUCGACGGCGUUUCGGGGACCCUGGCCCACGCGCUCGAGCCGCCGAGCGGGCGGCUCCACCUCGACGAGGCCGAGAACUGGGUGCUUUCCGGCGACAUCGAAGUGGCGACGGAAGCCGUGGAUCUGGAGUCGGUGGCGGUGCACGAGAUCGGGCAUUUGUUGGGUUUGGGGCACUCGUCCGAUGAAUCGGCGAUCAUGUUCCCGAGCAUUGGUCCGGGGACUAGAAAGGUUGAAUUGGCGCAGGACGACAUCGACUGCUGCAGUUGUACGGCAGCAACCCCGAUUUCAACGGCACAUCCACGCCGUCCGUUCAGGAGAGGGACACGAGUGCGGUCCAUAAUGUGCAAGAGAGGAGAUGGGGUGUUUCUUUCUUGCUGGCCGUUGGAUAUAUAUUGCUUUUUGAAUAAGUCGGUUUUGCACAAUUAGUUAAUCAAGAGAAUCCACAUAAUUUUGCUCAAUUGCAAAUCAUACAUGGCAGUCGAUGUACAAUUGUAGAGGGGAUUGCACUAAUAUAGUGGGCACUUGCAAAAAUUGUAAAUUUGCAUUAAAGUGAAAUUGAAUACGCAAGCAACAUAGGAAAAUAAAAAAAUUAUUUUAUUAUCUUAUUUUAUUUAUUAUAAAGUCAUUUAAACCCUCAUGUAUGCAAUUGGAAUUGAUACAAUGAAAUAAAAUUGAGUUGAAUUGCAAAAAAUGUGAAAUGAAUAUAAAAAUAUCAUUUACAAUUGCAUUAAAAAAUCAUUUUUGUCAUUUAAAUUUUUUUCGUUGAAUCCAUUCAAAAAAAAUUACCUUCCUUGUUAGUUGUGCAGGCUUAGGAACGCGUUUCGGGAAAAAAACACAGAGUGGACGAAAAGUGGAGCUUGAGGACCAAAACCCUAGUCCGAUCAUCUGACCCCCCCGACCGGAGAAUUUCAUCUGAGGUCGGAUAAGGCAUCCAGGAUACUCCCGGUUUAUAACCCUUAAUCCCCGAUCAGGGAUUCCAAUUCGAGACCGAGGAUUCCUGCAUGAUUGUGUGAGCCGCUGCGCUGCAUUUUGGGUAAAAUCCAAGUCUUGCCUCCAAAUACCUGAUCGGGGAAUCGGGCCAGGGAUGCCUAACUCGGGCUGUUACAAGUUGGAGACGGGAAAUUGAACGACAUUCGAUUUUGGAGCUGGAAAACAGAAGUUUAGAGACAUAAAGUGAUGAAGAGUGAACCUUUAGUGUCUAGAUCAAGUUUCCCCACCAUUGGAGCUCGAUUCAAGCCACGAGGAUGUUUGAAUCUUAUUGCCUCAGUUAGCUUACACAGGUGGAGGCUAGUCGCCCGCUGGGUAUUCAAACUGAGAGGGUUUGGAGCACUUUAGUCGAGACUCUAGACUGUUUGAGAACUUUCCGCAGUUUAAACAUCAAUCAGAUUAACUUAUGUGAAUUACAAUUUGGCCUAACUGCGGUCUAGGGGACUUAUACUUGAGUGAGCCUUCUUAAUUUGAAUACAACCGUUACUUGCUUUCUGUUUGCUUUUGCUUUUGAUAAACUUCACUCAAACUCAACCGCUAGAUAAUAGAUAUUCACGGAGCAGAUAGUAAAUCUAGGACCCGUGUUGACAAUUAAAACUGAACCCACUCUACUGCAUUUCUAAACUGCGAUUACACUUGGUCGUAGUUUGGUGUUGUGUUUUAGCGAGUCACGUACAAUGAGUACGAGACAAGCGCAUUUUCUUAUUACAAUGGUAACAUAAUAACCAAUAUUCUUGUUAAUUACCAUGUGCACUUCUUUCUUUGCCCUUAGAUCCUGCAAUUUCCACUUCUGGGGAAUAUCUGGGCUCUUGGAACUUGCAUUUACUACAUAUCAAUGUACGAUUGAUAAGAAUAGGAUAGCACACAGAACUGAGAAAUUAACUCGCCACUUAUAUUAUUACUUUUCUUGUCUUUGCUACUACAUGAGCAUAUUUUAAUUUGCGAUAGUGUCAAAACAAAAUUUUAAUUUUAAGGAAUCGGUAUAUGUAUUGUAAAAACACAUUAUAAUAUAAAUCAAAUUACACAACCCAAAAUUUCAAUCCAAAUAUGUGUACGUGAUAAAAUAUCAAAUGGAUGGUCUACUACGAGAAAAGAGUAGCAUCCAUCUUGAUAUAUUGGAAUUAGAUAAUCUCAACACAAAUAGACAAUAAGGUAAGAAAGAAGAUGAAGAUUUGCAUACCUUGAUCAUAUUGUGAUCUUACUCCAAUAUAUUAGAUUAUGUAGAGAGACAAUGACCAACCGUGAUUUAAACAGAGUUUCGUGCUGAUAACGUGUUAUAAAACUAAUGGAAAAUAUAAACAACUACAAGAGAAGAUUAGAGAGGAAGACACAAAAGAAGAGAAGGGGGGGAUAACUUUCUUAUUCAUCCUUAACUAGUGAUACAAUGAUGUGCUCUAUUUAUAGGCACACUUUGGUAACCACUAUAUUCUAAUAUCAAUACAUAUAAAUGAGAGAUAAUGAGACAUAAUAGAGAAUUCAAAUGUAGGAAAAGGGGGUUACAUGUUACUCUCAUGUGAGCUUCUAAUGUGGUAAUCUAAUAGGUCAAGGUCAUCCAUAUAUUAAUAUUUACAUCAUAUUAAUUAAUAUGGACUUUUAAUUCUCACAUAUUAUUUAAUGCACCACAAAUGUAAUAAUUAAAAACUUAUAAUUAAUAGGGGUGUUAUUUUCCAACCCCUUUAGGGAUAGUCUUGCUAUCUCAUCACACAUUUUAAAUAUAUACAGAUAAAUUGGGCGUAGUUAUGAAAAUAACUUUCCUAUAAUCACUCAGAGGCCAAUAAAUUUAAAAUUAGGGUUCCAGUUUUCCAUUCCACUAUAAACAUGUAGAUUUAAAAAUCCCAUUUAAUUCUCCAUGUAGUAUUUAAUAAAUACUAUGUUUAAUACAUGUAUAUGUACCCGUACGUAUUUUAUCCGUUUAAAACUUUCGUAUCCGUAUUACUGUCAAGCUAGUUCAUUUUUUCCGUUCAUUUGAUGGCUACCGUACUAAACACGUAUAAAACCCAUAUAAUACGUUUAACAUCCGUGUUUAAUGAACUAAAUUACUAACUUUCUUAUUAUUAUUUAUAUAUUCAUUAUUUUUAAAAUAAUUAAUUUUAUACAUUUAUGAUUUUUAACGUACUAUUAAAUUUAAUAUGAGUUUAGAGACGAAUUAAAAAACAUAUACGUAUUUAUUUAUUACGUAACUCUCCCGUAUCAUAUUUAAAUGCUCCCCAUUUAAUUGCCCUUGCUGAGUUACAUUUGUGCUGCCUCUAAUAGUAAAAAACUACUUCUAUUUUAUUUGAAUAAUUUAAUUAUUACUUUUAAAAACUAUAUUUGAAAUUUGUACAUUCUUAUGUUCUAUUUAUAAUAUUUUUGUUUAUAAGAUAUCGGUUAACUAACAGUAUUUUAACGAUCGAAGCACUAAAUUAUAAACUAAUCAUUAAAAUGGUUUACGCUUCGAUUCCAUUAUGAUAAGAUUGGAAAUUUGAAUGAGUACUAGUCAUAUAUAACCCGUUUGGAUUCUUGCUCGCUGUUUCAAAAUUUACCGCAGAAGUGGGGAGCCCGACAGGAAAAGGGCCAAUAACCUCGUCGAUUUUGACUUAGGUUUUCCUGUUGACCGGUUAGAAAUUCCAAUUUUAUUCUACUCUUCGACCAAACCACAGCUCUUGCGCAACAUUCUCAUUGCCACCCCAAAUCAAGCUUCUGGAUGGAGCCUUGCGUGUCAGGCGGUGAUUGGUUUGACUAUGCCCUAACCACUUAGGGCAAAAAAAGUAAAAGUGAAUAUAUAUAUAUAUUUUGUCAAGUAAUUAGUGAUGGGAUGUUUGAAGUUUGACAUUGGGUGGAGCCCUGAAAGGCAGGCAAGGAUUGGACUGGGAUGCGAUGGCGGGGGCAUACAGAUACAGGACAGGCUAAGGCUACCCUAUAAUAAGCAAAAGGAAUUAAUUUGAUUCCAAAGUUUGGACCUUUCUUUGUUGCCCCAUAAAAUGGAAUCACAAUC